UUCUUCGACAUGGGUCCUCGCAGCCUCUACUUCGUACCCACACUGGAGGACCCCAACCGUGUCCCGCCCGAGCGCUUCGCCUUGCAGUUCGAGGACGGCGACCAAUUCAUGCCCCUCGGAUCCCGCCAUGGCCUCGUGUUCGUCAUCCACCUGACGUGGAGCCGAGUCCUGGUGUGGGAUCCGGUCACCGCCGACAAGCACCUCAUCGCCCUCCCCCUGGCUUAAUGGGACAUCUAAACAGGAUCAUGGUCCACGGGGCCGUGCUUCGUGCUGCCGGAGAGGCCCAGCAUUUCCAGGUGGUUUUGAUGGUGGCAAAUGAUGAUUAUGACAUGCAGGAUAGGCAAAUGCUGGCCUGCGUUUACUCGUCGAAGACCGGCGUGUGGGGUGAUAUCAUCUCAGCGCCGCUUCCGCCCAAGGUUCCUAUCGGCAGCUGGCCCCUCAUGGUUUCUCCGUCCAAGGAAGCUGUGUUGGUUGAUAAUUCCCUUCACUGGAUGCUUUUUGGGAGCUUAGUUGGAAUUCUCGAGUUUGAUUUGUUGAAGCAGAGCAUAGCCGUGAUACCAACACCAGUGGGUGUGGUUUCCUCCCACGGCAGACAUGAAUUGACGGUUGUACGGGCAAAGGGCGGUGGCCUUGGUUUCCUCAUCGUGAUAGACUUCUGCGCACAAUCAUGGAGGAGAAAGACCGAUUGUCAUGGUGUUGCUUCAUGGGAGCUGGAAAGAACUAUCGAACUGGACAAGCUAUUUCCCCUGAAUCCAGAGAUGAGAGCACACUUAUACAUAGUAGGGUUUGCUGAGGAGAAUAAUGUGGUGUUCAUGUGGACAUCAGUUAUCGGCCUCUUCCUGAUUCAUCUUGAGUCAUUGCAGUUCAAGAAAAUUCCCCAUCCCAGCAUGCUUGCCCGUUAUCUUCCAUUUGAAAGUGUCUUUGUUGCAGAAACAUGUGUUGGUGGUGGACAUGAUGGAGCUGUUGCUGGUGGACACGACCAAGGUGAGGUUUUGCUCAAUACCUCUAUUUGUUAAGCAGGAACAAUGAAGAAGAGAACUGCUGUGCUGACUGAUGAGACUCUGUCAGUAUAUGAGCAGCAGUGUGCUGGAGGUUCUUUAUAUGGCACUGGAGUUCCCAGGGGAAAACUAACAUCAAUUUAAUACUGGACAAUUUGAUAUGUAGCCGAGCAAAUUAAAUGACCACACUGUCCUGUAGUCAAAUUUGCCAUGGUGUUCAAUAAACGUUGGCCAUGUAUUCAUUCUCAAACAAAAUAAGGACCUGUCUAGUGAUGUCAUGAUCAGCGGCGGUAAGUGCCAGGGAAAGUCAGGAAUCUGUGGAA